CCGGAAAUUGGAAUGCUGUUUUCUUCAAUUUUCCCGCCAAACCACAGCCGCCACCGCGCCGCCGCUAUUGUUCCCAAACUCCGCUUCUCUUCCACGGCAGCUCAUCGCUGCGUCUCCUUACCCGAGGACGAUCUCAUCCAACCGCAGAGCAUAGCACCCUCCUCCCCCUCGGAUCCAAACCCCACCGCGCAACUUCUCUCCGAUGGCAGGCACUCCGACGUGCUCUCCGUCCUCCGCCGCACCCCGCCCUCUCGCUACCUCGUCUUCUACUGGAACAACCUCAUCAAGCGGAGCGUCUCCUUGCAAAACCACAGAGAUGUCCUCCACCUGUUUGAUGAAAUGCGGCGCCUCCAAUGGAAGCCCGACGGCCAUACAUAUCCUUAUGUUCUCAAAUCGUGCGGGGACCUUGCCUCGCUGGCAGCGGGGAUGUCUAUCCACGCGCUCGCGUUUCACUCUGGUUUCACUAGUUGCAAUGUGUUUGUGGAUAACGCCGCGAUUGCUAUGUAUGGCCGUUGUGGCGCGUUUGACAAAGCGCGCCAGCUGUUCGAUGAAAUGCUUGAGGGAGGCGUGUUCGAUACAGUCUCGUGGAAUUCGAUUAUAUCUGUGUAUGCACAGUUUGGCGACUGUAGGAAUGCUUUGUGGAUGUUUAAAGAGAUGGUUUCGAGAGGUGAUAUAGCGUUGCGGGCGGAUGCAGUUAGCUUGGUGAAUAUUUUGCCUGCUUGUGCUUCUCUUAGAUCGCAGAGGAGAGGGGCGGAGGUUCAUGCUUACUCUGUAAGGAGAGGUUUGAUCGAUGAUGUCUUUGUGGGGAAUGCUGUUAUGGAUAUGUAUGCAAAGUGUGGUCUAAUAGAUGAUGCGAAGAAUUUGUUCGACAGGAUGGAGGUCAAGGAUGUGGUGUCUUGGAACGCGCUGGUGACAGGGUACUCUCAGAUUGGGAAAUUUGAGGAUGCUUUAGGAUUGUUUGAUAGAAUGAGGGAGAAAAAUAUUGAAUUGAAUGUGGUGGCAUGGAGUGCUGUGAUUGCAGGAUACGCACAGAGGGGUCUUGGUAAUGAGGCUAUUGAUAUAUUCAAGCAGAUGAUUGUCUCAGGAUCACAACCAAACGCGGUUACCCUUGUCUCAGUUUUAUCGGGCUGUGCAGCGUCUGGUGCAUCGAAUCCGGGGAAAGAGACUCACUGUUAUGCGAUUAAGCAGGUAUUAAAUUUGGAGGGCAAUGACUUGGGGGAUGAUAUGAUGGUCAUCAAUGGUUUGAUUGACAUGUAUGCGAAAUGCAAGAACUUGAAAGUGGCUCAUGCCCUGUUUGAUUCUAUUGAGAUGAAAAAUAGGAGUGUGGUUACUUGGACGGCCUUGAUUGGAGGGUAUGCUCAACACGGGGAAGCAGGUGAUGCCUUAGGGCUUUUUGCUGAAAUGCUAAGUGAGGGAUGCAGAAUGAUGCCAAAUGGCUUCACUGUAUCUUGUGCACUUGUAGCAUGUGCUCGUGUGGGUGCACUGAGGCUUGGUCGGGAAAUUCAUGCCUAUGCACUCCGCAAUAGAUAUGGGGAGGCUAUGAUAUUUAUCUCGAAUUGCCUAAUAGAUAUGUAUGUCAAAUCUGGUGAUGUGGAUGCAGCUCGAGCUGUGUUUGAUAAUAUGAGCCAGAAAAAUGCAGUCUCGUGGACGUCCAUGAUGACAGGAUAUGGAAUGCAUGGUCGUGGUGAGGAGGCUGUCCAAGUUUUCGAGAGGAUGAGAGCUGUCGGUCUUCCAAUUGAUGGAGUUACUUUUGUGGUAUUACUUUAUUCGUGUAGCCAUUCUGGGAUUGUUGACCAGGGUAUUAGUUAUUUCAAUCACAUGAAGGAUUUUGGCGUAGUUCCUGAAGCUGAACACUAUGCUUGCAUGGUUGAUCUGUUAGGCCGUGCUGGCCGACUGGAUGAUGCUAUGAAGCUCAUUAGGGAUAUGCCGAUGCAAGCAAACCCGAUCGUUUGGGUGUCAUUACUUAGUUCUUGCAGGCUUCAUGGAAAUGUGGAAAUUGGGGAACAUGCAGUUAAUCAGUUAUUAGAGUUAAAAUUUGAAGUGGAUGGCUUGUACACGCUUCUCUCAAACAUAUACGCCAGUGCUAAGCAGUGGAAGGAUGUUGCAAGGAUUCGACUGUUGAUGAAACGGGCAGGAAUCAGGAAGAGGCCUGGUUGUAGUUGGGUACAAGGAAGAAACGGGACAGCAACCUUUUAUGUAGGGGACAAAACUCAUCCAAUGACUAAAGAGAUAUAUGAUCUCCUUUAUGAUCUGAUUUAUCGUGCUAAAAUCAUGGGCUAUGUUCCAGAGACUAGCUAUGCGCUUCAUGAUGUAGAUGAUGAGGAGAAAGGCGAUAAUCUAGUUGAACACAGUGAGAAAUUGGCACUUGCUUAUGGUAUUCUGACUACAGCCCCUGGGAUGCCUAUAAGGAUUAUGAAGAACUUGCGUGUCUGUGGUGAUUGUCACACAGCCAUUAGUUACAUAUCAAGAAUAAUUGAACACGAAGUUAUACUCAGGGACUCAAGCCGUUUCCACCAUUUCAAGAAUGGAUCCUGUUCCUGCAAAGGAUACUGGUGAAUGGAGAUUUCUAUCUCAAUGAUUCUUGGGGGCUGAGUCAUCCUUACACCAUGUCAGCUAUAUCUGGAUGAAUGGCAUUGAGAUACGCUCGACUGCCCUAUGUUGAAGGAGAGCAUCUGAAGUCCAUCAUGUAUCAAUAGCUAAGGUUUGUACGGUCGUCUCCUCCUUCUAUAAGUUCGUCAUAGAGAUGUGGACUGUGCACGGAGAAGUUCGAAGAGAAAGCACACAAGCUGGCAGGAAAACUCUAACCCUGGAUAAAAGCCUUCAGAUUGAUCUGAGGUUACUGAGGGUAGGUGCUGUUAAAAAUUCAUGGUAUAUUUCGUUUUCAUUUCUAACUGUUUGAAAACUGCAUUUCAUGAAUGAUUUGCUAUAGAGAAGUUUCUAGAUUACUUAUUUAUUCACUUUGAAAUUUAUAAUUUCCAAGGUCUA